ACAGUGAUAUUGAAUGAUAAAAUGUAUUAUACAUAGAAAUUUAUAUAACUAGCUUCUAAGGUUCGAGGAUUUAAAAAUACAAAUUUUAAUUGUAAAUAACGUAUAAACGCUUGAAGUGUGUAACAAUAGCUAUCACUUUUCUCAUUGUAUACCAGAUGUAUGUAAUUAUGAUGUAUGAACAAAAAAAUUAAAAAAAAAGCAUACUGCACGUAUUAUACACAUUGUAAUAAAUGUAUAACUUGAUAAACAUAUGGACUGAGAUCCGAAUGGCUUAAUAAACUAUUGGAUUUUUCAAAAGCGAUGAAAAAGAAAAAAUUAAUGAUAAUAAGUAGAUUGCAAAGUACUUUUUAGACAAUAUUAGAAGGAUCUAUUUUGAGUCUCCUUUUUACUUUGAAAUCCGUUCAAUCAACUUACGAUUUGAAUUUUUAGCAUAAAAGGUUUUUUGAGUGUGAUGAUAGAGGUUAAAUAAAAAAUACAUAUAUUACAUGAACUAAUCAUAAAUGAUCGGACCUUUAAUAAUUUAUAAGAUUCAACCCACUAGUGUGCUUUUCUCAUUCUAAACUUAUCGGGUUUUAUCACAUAUCGCCAGUUCUUAUAGAGAAUAAAAGGCCGAAUCACCGAGAGUAAGGUUGACAAAUAAAUUACUUUAUAUAACAAUAAGCUUCAUGGAAAUGCAUUCAUUUACGCUGUGCUAACAAUAUUUUUUACGGUUUUUUAUUUACAUUUAUUUUACGAAAGACAAUUCUUUUGAAUUUUUUGUAUUAAUAAAAAAAAGUAAUGAAAUUAAGAAAAUCAUAGAGUAGCGAAUAAAAUUGUUAAAAUUUAACUAUGAUGAAAUUAGGCCACAUUAGAUCUAUUAAACAAACAAAAGUUUAAUUGACUUUGCUGUAUUCAUGUAAAACAAAGGUGGGUAAAAAAACUCUAUCAUGAAACUUCAAAAUAAACGAGCGCAGAGUAGGAAAAAAAAUUAUAUGUGCGAACGAUAAUAGACUCUAUUGUAAAUUUACUGCCAUAAUCAUAUUAUUAUCAUAUACAAAAAGCCUAUGAGAAUACCUAUACAUAAUAAUUACAAUCUUAAUUAUUUCUGUAAAGAUGAGAUGUUACACAUCUAGUGUAAAUAGAGCAUAUUUUCAAUGUGUCUGAAAAAGUAUGUUUUGUAAUAUAAGCAUUGCAAGAAGAAAAAAAAUAAAAUGACUCGAUAAUAAAUAUCAGGCUUUCAUUUUCAUAUUCCUUUCAUCUCAUUAGCUGCUGUUAUCGAUCGUUGCGCCAAUUGAAUUUUUGGAUUAUUUCUCGAGUCCCGUCAAAGUUGCGCAAUCGCUCGUGUACGUUCUGCAUCUCUCUCUCUCUCUCUUACUAUAUUGCGUUCAACCGAGCUCGUUCUCGCACGAAGACGCCAUUAAGUGAUGAAGAACAUCGGGCAUCAGCGCGCUAUCAUCGCGACGCAUCGGCAUACAUUCAUUACCAAUAAUUCAAUAGCGCAGGCGGCGAAUCUACUACGAUCGUCAAGUUCAAUCUUAGCGGCGACGACAUGAGACGUCAAGUACUGCUACUCGAUCAGUCGUUGACGUCGAGUGACAAGGACGACGACAACAUCGAAGGAGAUUGUCGUCGAGCCGACAUCGUCGAUCGCCCGUCAACCGUUGCAGCAACGGAGUCCGUUAAUCUUGCCUGUUCAAUCGAGUCGAAAAUUAGAAAUAAAGAUUACUUUUGCAGUUAUGAGCUUUUCCCCACUGACGUACCUGACGUUUAUCACAGAUUUUUUCAAGUAUGUAAGCCAUUAUUUUAUGCUCUCACGUGGCACGAUGAUUAUAAUACAAUAAAAUUAGACAAGGAGUUGGGCAAAAGUCUGAAAUGCGUGGAAAAAUUCCCCGCCAAUACAUUGCUGCAUUUGGUGUCUAAAGGACUGACUAGAAAUCUAGCCGAUGAAAUUUUAAAUUAUGUACUCCGGUUGGGCAUCGUUAACAUUUUUAUUCUGCAAGGAGAUACAUCGUCCCAAGAAGGUGACUUCAUUUACGCUUCGGAUUUAGUCUCUUUUGUUCGAGAUCGGUUUGGGCGACGUUUCAGUAUUUGCGUGGCCGGAUACCCGGAAAUGCAUCAAUCCUCGUUAUCCAAGGAACUUGAUCUAUUUUAUUUGAAAAAUAAAGUACACGCCGAGAUUGUAGAGUCGGGCGCGGACUUCAUCAUAACUCAAGUAAUUUUCGAGUCACGCGUCUUCACAGAUUUUGUCAACGAUUGUCAUGCGAUCGGCAUUAAAGUGCCGAUUAUUCCUGGCCUAUUUCCCUUCGAAACUUAUCGAGAACUCGAACGCAUGACGAAGUUGUGCAAAGUUAAGAUUCCAUCGUGGUUGUCGGAAAAAUUGCUACCCAUCGGUGACGAUGACGAGGCUGUACGUCGUUUGGGAGUCGAAAUUACGGUGAAAAUUAUCAAGGAGAUGAGGCUAAGCGGAAUUAGUUACGGUUAUCAUUUAUUCACGUUAAACAGGUCCAAGUUAGUUUGUAAAAUUCAUAAGCAGCUUAAUACGGAUGGUCUGCAGUAAAAAUGUGUAUCGAUAAUUUUAUAUUCUUAAAUGGUGGAAAUGCUCAAAAUGUAUGAUGGGUUUCACCACUAGAUGGCGAGUACCUGUAUCUGCAAAUAUGCAAGUGGCAAAAUAAGAAUAAUUGUAUAAGUCAAAGCACUCGAAGGGUAGAAUCAAUUUUCUUUAAGUGACAAUUCGAAUAAUUAACAAAUUCAAUUCAUUGGACGUUUAAACCUUCAAGAAACUUAAGAAACUUUUUGAUUGGCCAAAAAGUAAAGAUAAAAUGUUGAAAUUUUCUCCCAAUAGAUGUAUUUCUAUUGAUAUAUGAAGAUUUAAGCACAAUAUGUAAAAAAAAUAUUGUUCAUUAUGAAUGAAAUAAAGUUAAUUGAACUUAUUUUUAA